AUGGCCCCACAGAGAGCUGUGCAGCUGUCCCUGAAGAAGCCCACCUACGCUGUGUGUGUGGUGGGAAUCGAAACAUACGUGGAUGUUUACAGCGAUGUGCCCAAGGGUGCUGAGACCUUCAGUGUCUCUGGGAGCUCCGGGGUGGAGGUCUUCACGGUCUACAACACAGCACGGGUGACAGAGCCCACAGGUAAGGCCUACUGGCCCCUGAAUGCCAGCGUGGACGUGAUCAUAUCUGUGGACACAGCCAGUAAGGCUUUAAACGAUCUCGAGGUGCAAGUCUCCUACUUCGGGCUUCAGAAGGCUGCCCUGGGCCACAGUGUCCUCUACCUCACUGGCGCCGACAUCUCCCUCGACGUCGACACGGGCCGCACGGGCAAGGUGAAGAGGAGCCAUGGUGACAAGAAAACCUGGCACUGGGGCCCUGAGGGCUAUGGGGCUGUCCUGCUGGUGAACUGUGACCGGGAUAGUUUCAGGUCCAGGGAGAUCGACCUCACCAGCACCCAGCUGACAUCACUGGAAGACCUGCAGGACAUGGCCCCAAUGGUGCUGAGCUGCGAUGGCCCUGAUGAGCUCUUUGACAGCCACAAGCUGGUCUUGAACGUGCCGUUUUCUGAUUCCAGGAGAAUGGCGGUCUUCUGCGCUAGGGGUGGGAAUUCUCUCUCAGACUACAAGCAGGUGCUGGGGCCCCAGCAGCUGUACUACGAAGUGGAGCGGCAUCCGGGGGAACGGAAGAUCAGCUUCUACGUGGAGGGGCUCACCUUUCCCGACGCUGAUUUCUUGGGGCUGGUCUCUCUCAGCGUCAGCCUGGUGGACACCAAGACGCUGCCUGAGGUGCCCUACUUCACAGACACCGUGACCUUCCGCAUGGCCCCCUGGAUCAUGACCCCCAACACCCAGUGCCCCCUGGAGGUGUAUGUGUGCAGUGUCUUAGACUCCCAUGGCUCAAAUGAGAAGUUUCUGAAAGACAUAUCUGACCUGGCGUUGAAAGCCAACUGCAAGCUGAUCAUCUGCCCUUGGACUGAGAAUCGGAAUGACCGCUGGAUCCAGGACGAGAUGGAGUUUGGCUACAUCGAGGCGCCUCACAAAUCCUUCCCGGUGGUCUUUGACUCCCCCCGAGACAGAGGCCUGAAGUACUUCCCUUAUAAGAGGAUCCUGGGUCCCGACUUUGGAUAUGUCAUCCGGGAAACGCAGUUCGCUGGUGUUUCUGACCUUGACUCCUUCGGCAACCUGGACAUCAGCCCUCCAGUCACAGUGGGGGGCAAGGAGUACCCGCUGGGCCGAAUCCUCAUUGGUAGCAGCUUCCCCAAGUCUGGCGGGCGGCGAAUGGCCAAGGUGGUGCGCGACUUCCUGAAGGCCCAGCAGGUGCAGGCGCCCGUGGAGCUCUACUCUGACUGGCUCUGGGUGGGCCACGUGGACGAGUUCCUGAGCUUCGUGCCCACCUCCGACCAAAAGGGCUUCCGGCUGCUCCUGGCCAGCCCCAUCGCUUGCCUCAACCUGUUCCAAGAGAAGAAGGAGGAGGGCUACGGGGAGGCGGCCCAGUUUGACGGGUUAAAUUACCAGGUGAAGAGAAGCAUUAAUGAGAUACUGGAAGACAGAAUUCUCAGGAGUGACAACCUGUAUGCACAGAGAUGCAUUGACUGGAACCGGGAGGUGCUGAAGCAGGAACUGGGCCUGACUGAGCGGGACAUCGUGGACAUCCCCCAGCUCUUUUACCUGAAGGACUCCCAAGCAGAAGCCUUCUUCCCCAACAUGGUGAACAUGGUGGUCUUAGGCAAGUACCUGGGCAUCCCCAAACCCUACGGGCCCAUAAUCAACGGCUGCUGCUGCCUGGAGGAGAAGGUGCGGUCCCUUUUGGAGCCUCUGGGCCUCUGCUGUACCUUCAUCGAUGACUACUUGUCCUACCACGAGCUGUGUGGAGAGAUCCACUGCGGCACCAACGUGCGCCGGAAGCCGUUUCCCUUCAAGUGGUGGCACGUGGUGCCCUGA